GCAGACAGACAGACAGACAGACAGACAGGACCAGGCUGAUCGAGGCAGCAGCAUCAUCAUCUGCACCGACCAGCAGCAGCAGCAGCAGCAGCAGCCACAAAGGAGCUCAGUGCUGGUUGAAGCAGCUCUCCUCUCCUCCUCUUCCUCCUCCUCCUCCUCCUCCUCUUCUCUCCCGGGUUUAGAUGCUCCGGCUCGGUGUAAAGAUGUUCGGCUUGUCGGCCCUGCUCUCGGUGCUCCUCGCCGGGCUCGCCUCGGCGUCUUCGGAUCUGUUCGACAACCAACUGGGCGACAUCAACUACUGCAAGAAGCAAUGCCAGCUCACCAUCAAGAACAAAAGCCCUGCUAAAGACUCCAUAAUGAACGCAUGUCACCGCGGCUGUCGCCUCUACUCCAUCUGCCAGUUCGUCAACGGCAACGCCGGCUUCAAUGCCAGCAGGGAGGAGUGUCAGGGAGCCUGCCAGGAGGCAUAUAUUAAGCUGCUGGAGCAGGAGGCCUGCUGCACCGGCUGUGCCAGCCAACCCUCUGAACCUGAGAUCAAGAGGAGGAAGCUCAGGGCCAUGACCCUCCGCCCUAAACCCCCCUCUGUGAUGGAGGCCGUGUCCGGCUGGUGCAACGACAUCGUCAGCUCGGCCCAGAGCUUCAUCUCCUCCACCUGGACCUUCUACCUGCAGGCUGAUGAUGGCAAAGUUGUGGUUUUUCAGAGCCAACCAGAUAUGGAGUACUCUCUGCCCGAGCUGCAGGCUCCUCGAUCCAACGUGGCGGACAAACCCUGGCCUCAGGUCCACUCCCACACCCAGAGACCUCAUGGUGUGAGGGGACAUGGCGAGAGGGGAGCAUCCAAAGCAGGAGGCAAAGGGAAGCACCCGGUCCAGCACGCAGACGACCCCACAGCUGAGCACGACUUCCUCGGCUGCAUGUCGAGACGUUCAGGCCUGCCGCGGUGGAUCUUAGCGGCCUGUCUCUUCCUGUCCAUCAUGGUCAUGUUGUGGCUCAGCUGUGCCAGCCUCGUCACCGCACCGGAGCAUCACAUCAAGACGCAGCUGAGCAUCAACGGAGAUAAAGAGUUCCUGGAUAACGCCCACAAAGUCAACCCGUACCACCUGAGUCCUAUGAUCGCCGUCGCCAUGAAAGAGUCGGAGGAGAGCCAGGAGGCGGGGCCGCUGCCGGUGAAAGUUGACCUCAACAAAACCUGCGUUUAGAAAAGGACCAAUGGGAGAGCUGCUGUCUUGUUUCCCAGGGUAACCAUGAAAUCUGUGGCCCGUCGGUGCAAGGGGGGCGAAACAAACACAUCACGGGACUCCAACCAGACACCAGAAUUUAUAAAAACAUAUUUUUAAGAGCAUGGCACCUUCCCGACAUUUCAAAUUAUGAUACUGAAAACAUCUAGCUCGGUCUUGUUGGUUCAUUUCCUUGUACAGCCCAGAUUGUCUCCCAAGUCCAUCCUCAGAUUAUCCUUAAUGAUCAGCCUUGCUCAUUGCUUAUUGAUACGUCUCUUGUCUCAGAGAUGGAGACAAGCAGAGAGGAUGGAUUGCAGCUCAGAGAGCUUUCAUAUCAUUUUUCAUGUCUAACGUGGACACGAGAAGACAAACGCUGAGCUUCAUUCUAGAUUUAAUUUUGCCUCGUUCUCACAGAGAGUUUGGAUUAAUUGAUGAGAGAGAGGAAAGGAAGAUGGAUGGAAGGUGGGCUAAAUGCGUUGAGAGCACUCUCGUGAGCGCUGCGGGAAUUAUUAGAAAUUGAAAAUCAUGAUUUUUCUCUCAGGUGAGCUCCACAUUCUCACCAAGUUCAGAGAAAACUACUACAAACUAAAAUAGUGUCUUUUGUCAACUUAUUCCUCCGUGUGUUUGUGUAUGUUUGGAUAUGUCUGUGUGUGUGUGUGUGUGUGUGCGUGUGCAUCUUCAACAGCACAUAAAUACUAAAGAUUCAAAACUGGAACCGGAUUAAAAACUGGACGCUCUGUCUGAGAACGAGCAAAAUAAACACUAUUUAUUUUUUACUCUAUUUAUUCAGAAUCAUUAACAUCUGUUAAAUAGUGUUAUUGAAGUGCCAUGUACAGUUAAUUCAUCAUACAAACUGUAAAUGUAAAAUACCACCGAUUGGAAAGAGACACAUGGAGGGGAGAUUGCACCUAUUACUGUAUUAUUAUUAUCAUAUUAUUGCUCUUAUAUCACUUCAAGAGUUCUUAGCUGUUAUAUGUGCCACGUGCUUUCUAAUAGCUGACUAUUUUGUAUGUCCUAGGAGCACACACUGAAGGAUAACCUCUGUAACAAUGUGUAAUGCAAAGCUUUUAACAUUAUUGUUAUUGAACAGAGUUGCACAGUCUUUAGAGAAGAUUUUCUGUUUUCCUCUCAGUGCUUUUGCCGUCCUGUAACGCUCUCUCUCUCUUUUCAUCCCGGCUGUGUAGACAAUAAACCGUGCAUGCAAGUGACGCUUCGAUAGUUUAGCUUUAGCCGCCCGCCAUGCCGCUAUGGCAAGACUCUACUGUAGACUUGUGAUUUUUUUUUUUUGUGUUACUAUUUACUGUAAACAUUGAAUAGAAUGUGUAAUAACGGAUGAUGAUGAUAAUCCUCGUGAUUUUACAGGAAGGACUCUUAAUUAAAAAGCCAUUCAAUCGAUAUGUGAGCUGGUUCAAACUGAAGGAAAUAUCACAAGGAGUAUGAUAUGAAUUUCAAACUGUAUUGUUUCCUUUUUACUGGUCUGUUUCAAUUGUCAUUUUCAAUGAAAUGAUAACUUACAACAUGAUGAAAUAAAGUGUUUUCAUUGUAAAUAAA